AUGAGUAAAUAGAAAAAUAAAAUAUGCAUAAUAGAAAACGAAUUCAAAUCUAAUACUGAAAUGAAGUAAUUUGCAGACAUGUAAACUUAUUUUUUACAAGUAGAAUUUAAUUUUAGCAUAGGCUGAUAAAAAAGAAUUAAAAUAAAUUAAUGGUAAUUCCAUUGAAACAACAGAAAAAGCUUAAAACGUACAUCUUUCAUAAAAAAAUUUAUAAAAUAAAGAAAUUAAGAAAUAUGUAGAAGGUAAUAAUUUAAAUUAGACAAAUAUUCCUUAAGCUUUAAUAAAAGAAUUUAAACAAAUGGAAUUUAAAAAGUUUAAAAUUGACUUUAAAGAUUAAAUAAUUGACCAAUAAAAUGAGCUAUUAAUAUAAGAUAAUAAUUCUUUGAAAUCUAUUUAAUAAAAGUCGUAAUAAAGAGUUUAAAAAGCUUCAUAAAACGUAAAAAAUAAUGACUGCUACCAAGAUCAAAGAAAUAAUUAGAAAAAUUCUCUAAAAUCAAAAUUCGCACAUAAAGAACCUGAUAAUGAUUUAUUAUAAAUAAAAAUAUAAGAAGAAUAAACAAUAAUGCAAAAAGAAGAAUUAGAUAAAAGAAUAUAGAUGGAAUCACGAAACUCCAUGAAGUAUAUUCAAGAUUUGAAAAUUUUUAAUGAAUAGUUAUCCUAUUAUAAACAAUAAACUAUUUAAAGGGAUUCAUAGUUGAAAUAACUUAUUGAAGAUUUAAAAAAAUAAUAAUUAGAAAAUGUUUAGAUGAAAGAAUUAAAGGAAAAUUAAAUUAUUUAACAUAUAAAGGUUCUAGAAAACAAAUGUCAAAAAAUUUCAGAGAAUAAUGUGAAUCUUGCUUCAAAUUGGGAAUCAUAUGUUUAAUAAAUAAAUUUAUAUCUGAUGUAUAUUGACGAAGAACUUAAAAAGAAAGUCAUAGAAUUAAAAAAUUAUAUAUAAAUUUAAACUAAUUCUAAAUCAAAAACAGUGAAUAAAAAGCAAAAUUUUGAAAAUAAAUAAAUCAAUACAAAAUUUUAGGAAAAUUACCAAAAGUAAGUUGAAGAUUAAAUAAAAAAUUUGUAGCAAAAGAAAGAAAAAGUAGAUUAAUAAUAUUAAGAAAAAGAAUUUGAUUUUAAUUAUAUGAAAAAACUUUAUGAAAAUGAAAUUGAUAAUUAUAGAAAAGUAAUAAAUAAAAAAUAAAACUAAAUAUAAAAUCUUAAUUAUGAUUAUUUAUAAAACGAAUCUAAACUUAAUGAAGAAUUGUAAAAUGCAACUCAGAGUGAAAAAAUAUGUAGAGAAGAAAUAUAAAAGCUAGAAAAGAGAAAAGAAAUAAAUUAAGAUGAGAUUGAGUAAAUCUCAGUAGUAUGUUAAAAAAAAAUUUAGGAAUAUCAAGAUCAAAUCAAUAAGGGAGAUAAAUAUUUAAAUUUUUUAAAAGAAUAAAAGAAUGUUAUAAAAAAUUAAAAAAAGGACAAAAUAUUAAAAUAAAAAACUGAAUACCAUUUGGAGAUGUUUGAAAUAGAAAAUUAAUUAAACAUAUCAUAAAUAUCAAUAGGAUUAUUUUAAAAUGAAAUUUCCAUUGAUGAAAUUUAUGAUUAAGACAAGAAAGUAAUGACCCUAUAAAAAUUUAACAUCAGAUAUUUAAAGGAUAAUAUUUGGAAUAAUACUAUAUUUUAAACAUUAUAGCUUUAGGAUGAUAUUCAAUCAUCAGGAAAAAUGUAAUAGGAAGAUUAAUAGAGCUUAAUCAAUUCUGGACUUUAAUUAAAAAAUCAAUAAAUUAACGCUUUUAGUGAGUAAUUAAAUAGUGAAGAUGAAAAAAUUUAUUUUACAUAAACAAAAAAUAUUAGAAAAACAUAUCCAAGAUUGUAUAUUUUUCCCACUCAUUUUAUAGAAUAAUUCAAAUAAUAUUUUGAAUCUAAUAAAGAAAAUUGUAUAAGCUUGAUUUUAAAAUACCUAAAAGAUUAUUAAGCAAUUUAAUAUCAAUUUCAGAUGAUUUACAAAAAGAUAGCUUUUAUAAUAAAUUAAGAGAAUUAACAUUAUUAUAUAGUUACUGUUCAUUUAGAAAAUCUACUCAUUAUAAUUUAUGAUUCUUUUCCUUAAUAAAUAAAUAAAUAUAACUAGAUUUUAUCUUGCUUAAAUUAUUUAUUCAGUACUAUCCUCAAAUAAAAAACAGAGUUUGAUUUACAUAUUAGUCCCACAUUCCCCAUUUAAAAUGAUAUUAACAAAACGAGCUAUUAUGCUUGUAUUGCUCUUGAGUAUUAUAGUUAGAAUUAAAUCCAUAAAAAAUACAAAAGUUAUGAAGAAAUUUCAGCUAUUUUAUAAAAUAGUAUAAAAAAAUGA